UAAACCAGACCGGUAGGGAAAAGGUGUAUAACUCUCGUCAGCUGUCAAUCAAUCUCUCUCCCGUCUCUCGAUCUGGUGGGCUCUCUGAGCUUUCUUCAUUUGAAAAUCCUUCUUCUACCUGAAAGAUUUUGUCAGCAGCUGGUUUGUGAUCUGAGAUGGCGACAGAGCAGAGCGGAUUAGAAGUCCAGGAGAGCCAGCCAAACCAAGUGGCUCCUGGCUUUGUAGGAGCGAUUGAAGAACAAUACAAGAAACUCAGAGAUCACGCCGAGGCUUAUCCAUACGUUUGGGGUUCUUAUACUGUUGUCUACGGCGGUCUUUUCCUUUGGACUGCUUAUAGAUGGAGGAAGCUUAGGAGAACCGAGGAUCGAGUUCGUGGUCUUCAGACUAAACUUAGGAAACUCGUCCAAGACGAACAAGCAGCAGCAGUAACAUCUUCUAAAUCUGCUCAAUCACUGGACAAGUCUUCUUCAGUUUCUGACAAGACAUCAUCAGUGCCUUGAUUAGUUACUAGUUUAGAAUCAAAACACAUUGUCUCUGUUAAGAUUUGUGACUAGAUCUGUUUUGUUACAUUGCUUUUUGUUACUUACCCGCAUAGGCUUUUUAUAAAAGCUCAAAUUCAAGUACAACCAAUUCAAUAUUCAUAAGGUUUUAACUCUGCUUUCUUUAAACUUUUA